AUGUCAGGCAACACCCUUAGAGGUACGCCCAAUCGCGGCCAGGCCCGUGGAAGUAUCCCCUUCACCCAGAGCCCCUCGGUCACCGGCCCUGCUACGCCUAGCACCUCUUCCGGCAUUCCUCGCCCAGUUCUAGAGACCCAGGCUACUCAGAGCGAAGUUGGUGGAUCGGGAGUCAGUGCCAGCCGUCAGAAGCAGACCAAGAGAGAUGAGGCGAUCCGCAAGAAGAUGGAGAGCGAUCUCUCCAAGAAGAAGCACCUCACGAGCCGAGCCCGUCACUCGCGCAAGGCCCCGCCCGGCACCGUCCUCGCCCUGAAGCCGAGCCAGGCACUGCAGAUCAAGCCAGGCACCUCUGUCGCCGAGGCCGCCCAGCUCAUGGCCGCCAAGCGCGAGGACUGCGUACUUGUCACCGACGACGAUGACCGCAUCGCCGGUAUCUUCACCGCCAAGGAUCUGGCCUUCCGCGUCGUUGGGGCCGGUCAGAAGCCGAGUCAUAUCACCAUCGCCGAGAUCAUGACCAAGAACCCCCUCUGCGCCCGCACCGACACGAGCGCCACAGACGCCCUCGACCUCAUGGUCCGCAAGGGCUUCCGCCACUUGCCCGUUAUGGACGAGAACCAGGACAUCUCCGGUAUCCUCGACAUCACAAAGUGCUUCUACGACGCAAUGGAGAAGCUGGAGCGCGCCUACUCGUCCUCGAGACGCCUCUACGACGCCCUCGAGGGUGUCCAGUCCGAGCUCGGUACGAGCCAGCCCCAGCAGAUCAUACAAUACGUCGAGGCUUUGCGCUCCAAGAUGUCGGGCCCUACUCUUGAGUCCGUCCUCGACGGACGCCCACCUACCACUGUCAGCGUGAGGACUUCGGUCAGGGAGGCAGCACAGAUGAUGAAGGAUAACCGCACGACCGCUGUCCUCGUCCAGGACCAGGGCGCCAUUACCGGUAUCUUCACCAGCAAGGACGUCGUCCUCCGCGUCAUCGCCCCUGGUUUGGAUCCCGCCACCUGCAGCGUCGUCCGGGUUAUGACACCUCACCCCGACUUUGCCCCCAUGGAUAUGUCCAUCCAGGCUGCCCUGCGCAAGAUGCAUGACGGCCACUACCUCAACCUCCCCGUCAUGAACGAUGGUGGCGAAAUUGUCGGUAUGGUAGACGUCCUGAAGCUCACCUACGCCACCCUCGAGCAGAUCAACACCAUGUCCACUUCCGACAGCGAAGGACCCGCGUGGAACAAGUUCUGGCUCUCGCUGGACGACGGCACGGAAUCCAUGAUGUCCGGUGAGGGCAGCCACACCCACCACACAAAUCUUGGUUCCCGUAUCAUGUCCCCCGACAUCAGCCGCGAGCGCAUCGGCGACAGCGUCGCCCCCGGCGACUCUGCCUCCCAUGUUGGUCUCGAGUCGCCGCCGCGGUCCGCUAUCACCGGCCACAGCCCGGUUCACCAGUCUCCCGCCGAGCUGCCUUUCCCCUUCAAGUUCAAGGCCCCGUCCGGGCGCGUGCACCGCCUGCAGGUUAUCGCCUCGCAGGGUAUCGCUGCCAUGGUCACCAACGUGAUUUCCAAGCUCGGAAGCGAGGUGGACUCCAUUGGUGGCGCUCCCACGGUCGAGGAAGGAAGGAUCUCUGGCGGUUUUGCGCUCAGCUACCUCGACGAUGAGGGCGACUCUGUCUCCAUCACGACGGACAACGAUCUCCUCGAAUCCAUCCUGCUUGCCCGCCAAGGUCACAGAGAAAAGGUUGACCUCUUUGUCCACGACCCUGAGAAGCCCCCUGUCUCGGCCGCUCCCCCGACCAUCGAGCCGGUCGCCCUUCCUACUCCCCCUAUUUCUGCCACCCCCGACCUGCGCCGGAGACGAGCAUACGACGACGAGGAUGACGAGGCGGAGGAUGAGGACGACGAUGUGUCCCACGUGCGCAGGUCGCGCCGCGCUAGGCAUGCGGCCGAGCCAGAGCAGGUUAUUGCCGGCGUUCCCAAUGAGCUGCUGCUCCCCGGUGCCAUUGUGACGUUAGCGGUUGUUAUUGUUGGUGUCUUCACCAUCUCGCGUUUGACUAGCCGGUAA